AUCGCAAGUUCCACUGGUGAGAACAAACGCCGCGUCGUCAUUGGGCGAUUUACGUCGAUUACAUCGAAAAGCCCAAUCCAAAGCCUCCGUGAGCAAGCGAUUGUCGUCGAUCGCAAUUCGUGACGUCACGACACAUUCUGUAACGUGUCCAAUGUACAUUCGUCGGACGGUCGGAUCCAUCGGUGACCGGAAGCUUGCAGGUAGAACAAGUAAACAACGUGGCCGCAACGAGUAGCAAAUGAUUCGGAUUCGUUCGGCGAAUUGCUGCGCUUUCAAAUGAGUGGCACGCGAUCGCGAAGGUGAACGGGGAUCUCGCGGCCUAAUCGCCGCAUAUCAACGUUUGCCGUUGACAUCGUAGCGACAAAGUUACAAAGGGGCUCGCGACGCCGCGUAAAAGCCGCUUUGUCGUGGUUUAUUUUUGCAUUCGAAAUCGCUAUAUUUUUGCGUGCAACAUAAUCUUAAAAUAGAUCGCGACGACGACGGCGACGGCGACGGCACUGCGGCAGUGACGACGGUAACGUGCGAUGUAUUUUCCGCGCGCUGAUGACGAGCGAGGAACAUGAGUUUUGAGGUUACCACGUAUCUGAGUGGGCUCGGCUAAUUCUUUUCCUAAACGUUGCUCGGGCACGAGCCACUCGCGAGGAUGGACACUACCAGCGAGAUAAUCGACGAGCCCCAACAGUCGCUGGUCAAGCGAAUUUAUUAUUCGGCAAGGGAUGGAAUGGCGAUCGCUCUUUAUACCCUGCUGAACGACAAGUCUGAUGUCGAAGUCAAUUGUUUGAUUAACCAGAAGGUUCUAGAAGAUGACGGACAAAGGUGCACACCUUUAAUAGUUGCCGCGCGUUAUGGACAUAGCAAAGUAGUCAGAAUGUUGCUUGACAAGUUUAAACCUGAUUUAGAACAGGAAGGAACGGUGAAAUUCAAUGGAUACGUUAUCGAAGGAGCUACUGCGCUUUGGGCUGCAGCAGGAGCAGGACACUUAAACGUUCUUAAAACUCUCGUGAAGACAGGAGCAAAUGUCAACCAUACAACGAAGACUAAUUCUACCCCGCUUCGAGCGGCAUGCUUUAAUGGACGUUUAGACAUUGUUAAAUAUUUGAUCAAUCAUCAAGCAGAUAUAAAUAUUCCCAAUAUGUUUAACAAUACUUGCCUUAUGAUAGCAUCGUACAAAGGACACUUGGAUAUUGUUAGUUUUCUAUUAGACAAAGCGGCAGAUCCAAACAAGAAAGCAUAUUGUGGGGCAACGGCAUUGCAUUUUGCUGCUGAAUGUGGGCACAGUACUAUCGUGCACGAGCUGUUGAAGUAUGGAGCGCAAAUGACGAAGAAUGUGAGUGGUAUGACGCCUUUAAUAACGGGUGCCGAACGGUCACGUGAGGACGUCGUUGAAUAUCUAGUAAAAAGGCCAGAAAUGACAAAGGAAGAAAAAAUAGAUGCUUAUGAACUACUUGGAGCAUCGUACGCUAAUGAUAAAGAUAAUUAUAGUCUAAAUAUGGCAUACAUAUAUCUAUGGAAGGCAAUGCAAUUAAGGUAUAGUGAUACUGAAAAUAUUGUACAUAAGCAACUAGGUUCAACUGUGAAAGCAUAUGAGAAUUGGAAAGAAUGCGAAACAAUAGAAAGUUUAGAAAGUAUCAAAGAUAAUCCCAAUGCUAUACAUAUGGAAUCGCUUGCUAUUCGGGAGAGAAUAUUAGGCCUCCACAAUCCGGAACUGCCACAUCCUAUAGUAUUCAGAGGCGCUAUAUUUGCGGAUAACGCCAGAUUUGAUAGAUGUAUAGAUUUGUGGUUGCACGCUUUGAAAUUACGACAACUCAAUGAUAUAUCCGUUGUAACAGACCUCCUUCGAUUUGCGCAAGUUUUCUCGCAAAUGAUACACGUGGGCGUCGCUCUAGAUAUUUCUCAAGUGAUAAAUGUUCUGGAAGCAAGCGUAACAGAGUUGAAUAGAAACCAGAUCAAAAUCCACAAUCCGGAUUCUAAGGAUGACAUCGAUCAAUGUGUUGAAGAGAUGGAAUCGAAUAUUACAACAACUCUAUACAUUUUAACGAUUCUGACAAAACUGAUGACUCUUAAUGAAAAGAACGAUGAAUCAGAUUUGACACAGGCACAUCAUCUAAUACACAAAUUAUGUGCGUUAAAAGUAUGUUUGAAAGAUGGACAGACUUUACUACAUCUUGCUGUGAAUGCUGAAACUCCUGUCGACGAUUUUCAUACUAAUGAUGUCUGCAAAUUUCCGUGUGCAGCUACAGCACAAUUAUUGAUUCAUUGCGGUGCUGACGUAAAUGCAAUGGAUAACGAAAGAAAUACGCCGCUUCACGUUAUUGUUGGUUACAGUAAAGCAAUUAGUGAUUUUGCGACCUUACAUUCAAUUAUAAUAAAUCUGAUUGAAGCUGGAGCACAUAUGGACACUAUAAAUAAUAGAGGUCAAACUCCGUAUGAUGCGGUUACUACGGGCCUAGCUAAAAUAAUAUUACGUACUCGGACCAAAUUGUCCUUAACGUGUAUGGCAGCCAAAGCAAUUAAGACUUAUGACCUACCAUAUCGUGGUAACGUUCCACGUUCACUUGAGGGCUUUAUAGAACUUCAUGGGCCUGGACUUAAUCAGAUUUGACAAGUCUUUAACAUUGCUACAAAAAAAUCGAAAUUUUCUUAUACAAAGCAUAUAAUACUUAAUAUUUUUAUACAAAAAAUACAUUAAAUAUUCGAGUAAUUAAAAAUUUUAUCACAUAUACAUAAUUUAAUCUAUAUGGAAUCAGGAUUUUCAAUCUCGUGAAAAACACCGAUGUGUGACUUAAACAAAAUUGUAUAAAAAAAUUAUCACGUGAAAGAUGUGUUUUACGAUAUAUAUAAGAUUGAUACAAUUUAUUCAGUGAUACACUCUGGGAUAUUGUGUCUUUUUAUAUUAAACGUACUUUUUAGAUGAUAAAUAGUAUUGCUACAUAAGAAGCCGUGUUCCGAUAUACAUUGCUGAAAAUUUAUAGUUUACGUUAUGCAUACCGUAGAUUUUUACUAUUGGCUAUAGUCGCUGCGUUAUAAAGUAUUUUAAAUAAUUAGCCACUGCAUUCAAUUUUUGCUGACGUUUUCACCGUAAUUUUAACUGUAAUUACUGUGAUAAAUAAAAUCAAAUUAAAUAUACUUUUCAAGAUAUACAAAUUGUGUGAGUUAAGAUACUUUUUGCACGUAUUGUUCGAUUUUAUGUGCUGCUAUCCCUCUUUGUUAAAGACGUCUGCUGUAAUACCACCUGGAAAAGUAUAAAAUAUAUUUUUUCGUUAUUGCUAUAUUAAAUUUAUUUAAUAUUUACACACGCACUCUCUGUAUACAAUCGUGUGAAACUAGGAAGAUAAUAGUAAAAUAUAUAAGAAUAUACAUAUCGCACGACACUUUACAAUAUAUUAUUUACAAUGUUUACACAGACUCGUUUAUCUUAUCUAUUUUACACAUUUUACAACGGCGCUCGCUUAUCAAUAACACUUCUGUACAAAUAUACACGUGUGUUCAAAAUCUUUUGGCAAAAAGAAAAGAAAAAAAAAAAA